GGAAGGUCAGGGCGCCGCGGAGCGGAAGUAGGAGCCGGAGCGCGUCCGCCAUUGUGGGAAAGCGAAGCCCGGAUCAGGGGAGGGAAAGCGAGUUGUGUCCAGCUGGUUGCGUUCGGCGGCACCGACCAGGGAAAGGGGGUCCGGGCUGCGAAGACAAUCAGCCGACGGAGGCGGGGAGAGCGGCGGCCAAAGCGGCGGCGGGAACGACGACUCGAGGAAGAGAAAGAGGAGGCCCAAGCGGAGCGGGGUGAGGGGGAUUGCGGCUCCCCGUGAAGAAUGUCAGCCACCAGCGUCGACCAGAGACCUAAAGGACAGGGAAAUAAAGUGAGUCAGAACUGAUCCCCUUUCAAAGAUUCUACCAUUUGAGGAGAAACUAUCAUAUCUCUGCUGAGACCUUAGCAAUUGGAUUUUGAAGUUUUCCUUGCAGUUGAAGAAAAAGUCAAUGUCUUUCUCCAUUAAUUCAUCUUUACCAAUACAAACGGCUUUUCUUUGGGAAUGAGUUCAGACAAAUUGUGUUUCCUUGCUUUAUAUCUCUUUGAUUGUAAAUUAGUACCUGCAUAAGGUUUAGGUCUUUGAAACAAAAAUUGGAGGGAAAAUAUGGCUGACACCAGAAAUUAUUGGGAUUCCUUUGAAUAUGAUUUUUUUGGCUUAUGGCUGCCCAUCUCACUUUCUGAAACUUACAUUAGGAAAUGGAUAUUUCUCUAACAUGGAAAUGCUACCCCCCCCAAUCCAAAAAUACUCUGAGUGUGCUUCCUCCAAAAAUAUUCUGAGUUAAGAAAGUCUUUCCACUGUGGCUUAUGAUGUCUUAUAUGAAAAAAACAAGCAAAGGAAAUAUAAUUAUGUGCAGUUGAGAAAUGUGAUUAAUAACAUGAGGAAGAUAUACAGGUAGUAGCCAUUGGAUGGGAUUAUUUGAUUUCAUGCAAGAUUGAAAUGAGAAUUAUUCAAUUUUGCUUAUUUUUUAAAAUUUUUAGUCUUGUAACAAAGAACAAGGCUUUAGACAUCAUAAGCUUAUUUACUGAAACCAAAAAUUGUUUAGAAGAAAUCUAGUAAGCAUAGUGUUUCUGUAUCCUUCCUGUACAAUAUUAAUUAGUAAAUCUUAGAGGAAGUCUAGUAAACGUAGUAUUUUAUAGUCUUAACUUACAAUAUUAAUUAGUAAAUACCUCUUCAUCCUAGUGGAAAUCUGCUGCUUGUUGUAAGAAAGAGAACUUUGAUUUGGAAUUAUGUCAUUAGGUGUUGGAUAUUAAAUUUAACCCACUUGCAGUUAUGUUUGAGCUUUCUCUAGAUGUUUGGGCACUUCAUGCAUUUUUCUGUACAAGUAUGUGAGACAGAGAUGUACAAAAAUAAAAGCAGAUAUUCUUAAUAGAUCAGAACAUUUCAAAGUUCAGCUGUGUUAGAAGCAUGGUUGAACUUACCAGUGCCUCUAUGUACAACUUAUCUGUAUAUAUAUAUUUUCAAAAGCUAUCCAACGAUUUGGAUGCCGGUUUUGAAGUUGCAUCUUGCCUAGUUUUAAAUCACUUAUGUCCUUUUUUAUAUGAUGCUUGAACAUGACAAACAUGACAGAUAAAAAUCUGAACUUUAUUAGAUACUUCAAAUCUUUAGAAGUGAUUUAGUAGUUAUAUUCCACUGUUAAAUGCUUGAGACAAUGACUGUUUUUCCUUAUGUAAAAUUACAUAUGGUGUGAUGGAUCUGAAGUUUCAGUGCAGAACGGUUCGAUUCAUCAAAAGGAUGCUGUAAAUGAUGAUGAUUUUGAGCCAUACCUAAGUAGCCAGACAAAUCAGAGUAAUAGCUAUCCACCAAUGUCAGACCCAUACAUGCCUAGUUAUUAUGCUCCAUCCAUUGGAUUUCCAUACUCUCUGGGUGAAGCUGCAUGGUCCACAGCAGGAGAUCCCCCAAUGCCAUACUUGACAACUUACGGACAGAUGAGCAAUGGUGAACACCACUACAUCCCUGAUGGUGUAUUUAGCCAACCUGGGGCAUUAGGAAACACUCCUCCAUUCCUUGGGCAGCAUGGAUUUAAUUUUUUUCCUGGGAAUGCAGAUUUCUCUACAUGGGGGACAAGCGGAUCUCAGGGGCAAUCAACUCAAAGUUCUGCCUAUAGCAGCAGCUAUGGCUACCCACCUAGUUCUCUUGGUAGAGCUAUAGCUGAUGGACAGGCUGGAUUUGGCAAUGACACUUUGAGCAAAGUGCCUGGCAUUAGCAGCAUUGAGCAAGGCAUGACUGGAUUGAAAAUUGGAGGGGAUAUGACAGUUGCUGUAACAAAAACUGUUGGCUCAGCUCUGAGUAGUGCAGGUAUGACAAGCAUUGCAGCAAAUAGCGUGCCGGCAGUUAGCAGUUCAGCACCUAAACCAACCUCAUGGGCUGCCAUUGCUAGAAAGCCUGCUAAGCCUCAGCCUAAACUUAAGCCUAAAGGUAAUGUGGGAAUUGGGGGGCCUGCUGUACCACCACCCCCUAUAAAACACAACAUGAACAUUGGAACUUGGGAUGACAAAGGGUCUGUGGUCAAAGCUCCCCCAAACCAACCAGUACUGCCUCCUCAGACUAUAAUUCAGCAGCCUCAGCCAUUAAUUCAGCCACCUCCAAUGGUGCAAAGCCAACUGCCUCAGCAGCAGCCUCAGCCUCAGCAGCCACAAGGACCUCAGCAACAGGCUCCACCACAUCAGCUGCAGCAGCAACAGCAGCAGCAGCAGCAACAGCAGCUGCAAAAUCGCUGGGUGGCUCCUCGCAAUAGGGGUGUCGGCUUCAAUCAGAGCAAUGGAGCUGGCAGUGAAAACUAUGGUAUAGGUGCUAUACCAGUUAGCUCUUCACCAUCUGGUGUAGAAGUACACCCAGUACUGGAGAAACUAAAGGCCAUAAAUAACUAUAAUCCCAAAGACUUUGAUUGGAAUCUGAAGAAUGGUCGCGUGUUUAUAAUCAAAAGUUAUUCAGAGGAUGAUAUACAUCGUUCCAUUAAGUAUUCUAUCUGGUGUAGUACUGAACAUGGUAAUAAGCGCUUGGAUGCUGCAUACCGUUCAUUGAAUGGAAAAGGCCCACUCUAUUUACUGUUCAGUGUGAAUGGCAGUGGACACUUUUGUGGAGUGGCUGAGAUGAAGUCUGUGGUGGACUACAAUGCAUACGCUGGAGUCUGGUCUCAGGAUAAAUGGAAGGGGAAGUUUGAUGUUAAAUGGAUCUUUGUUAAAGACGUUCCGAACAACCAGCUGCGGCACAUUCGCUUGGAAAACAAUGACAACAAACCGGUUACCAAUUCAAGGGACACUCAAGAAGUACCCCUAGAAAAAGCCAAGCAAGUGCUUAAAAUAAUUGCUACUUUCAAGCAUACCACCUCAAUCUUUGAUGACUUUGCACAUUAUGAAAAGCGUCAAGAGGAGGAGGAAACCAUGCGUAGGGAGCGAAAUAGAAACAAACAAUAACUAUAUGGAGGUGAUCCUGCUAGAAUUACAACACUAAUGAUGUAGACUUUGGAAAUGCCUAAUAUGUCUAAGAAGACGUUAUUAAAGCUUUGUUCCUGCUUAAGGUGACAUCUUUGAACACUUUAACACAAAAUUGACUCUUCUUGUAAUGGUUCUCAUCAGUGCAUCUGCCCUUAUACUCUCUCACCAAACACACUUGAGAACUGUAACUUCGUCAAGCACUUUCUGUCCUGAAGCUUUUACCAGUAUCUGCUGUCUUUUGUAAUUAUGCAUCCUAGCUAAGGCACAGGAGAUGGAACGAAUGCAAGGAUUCAUUAACUCUUUGAAUUUGUUAAAUACUAACAAUUAACCAUCAUAAGUGGUUCAAUGAUGUGAGAUUCACAUUGCUUCAACUUAUUUUUCUUUGAUGUAGUUUUUUAAUUGUCAGUUUUUAGCUGUUCAGCAGAAUUAAAAGCAAAAUCAUGCCAUAUUUAGUCCUGGAGUAAAACUCAAGUCUAAAUGUUCAUGUGAAAAUUAUUGUAGUAAACUUUAAUAUGGCAAAGCAACUUUGAGCUACGGUUUAGCCAAAUGAAUUAUAACAUGAAAUUAUAUUAGAAUGACAUUUCCCUUGUUUCAAACUGUUUGGUGUAGAGAAUAUUAAUAUAUGCAGCUUGGUGGGCCGCACCAGUUAAUGCACAUUUCCUUUUUUUUUUUCCUGUAACAUGUAUACUGAAAAAAAAGUGCAUUUGUCUGAGGAACUGUUUGUUUGCUACCACUCAAUCUCAGUUUUGAGUACAUGUACCUCAGUCUAAAUCAGACUUUUUAUGACCUUUAUAACUACACUUAAAAUCUUUAAUUCCUAUUUCUGGGUGUUUGCAAGCCUGAAAAGAUUGCUAUCAUGAAAGUGAAAAUUUAUUCCUCUAGGUGAUUCACUAGCUAAAUAAACAUAAUUCUUGUUUUAGCAAGCAUAUACUCAGUUUCUCAGAUUUUGUUUGUUCCCAGCUCUGAAUAUAAUAGUCUGGUAUUCUUUCAAUUCAAAAUACUUUGGGAAAUAAACGUUUAUUCAUGGUUUCAGUUUGUAUGCUCUCAUGGCUGUGUUUACAUGUUACCUGUUAGUACUAUAUAAUAAAAGCCUAGGUACCAUA